AUGGUCACGCCGGCAUGGGAUGCCGGCAGCAGCGGGAGUCUCCGGCGACUGGAGCACCAGCAGCAUCACCAGGGCCCCAUACAGUCCGUGGCUUCCACUCCCUCCGCAAGAAUCAGCCAGACGACGCCAAUUCAGGUGAGUUCUCUUCAAUUUCCUCUCCAUUUCCCUGUCCUCCCACUAUCCUCUGCUAAAUCUCCCGCCUCUCCUCAUCCUGUAUUCUCCUGGCCUUCCGCUGCCUUUCCUGUUCUCAAAGUGAGUGCCCUCUUCUUUCCUCGACGGCGACCGGUGAUCUCUCCCUCUGCUGUUCCUCCCCUCACACAGACGACGGCGGGGGAUGACUUCAUCUGUUCCUCUCCCCACUUUUUCUUCCUAUUCAAACAUUAUAUUUCUCUUUUCUGCCUCAGAACUUUUCCCGCUCACGUGCGCGCUGUUCUCGACGGUCUCCUCUUCCUCUGUUUACGAACUUCGUCGUCAAGUCCUUUCCCUGGUUCUCCAUGUUCGAUACUAAUCGACAUCAGCUUUGAAUCGAGUCGACACCGUCCCGAACUCAUUUUACAGUUGAUCAGUGAGAUUCUAAGAGUCGAUGAAGUCGUCGAUUUAGAUUGUUGAGCGACGAAUUGUCAUCGGAUCGGACUGGUAGCGUCUAAUAACCGGAAAAAGAAUAUGUUCCCCCUUACGCUUCAAUUCAAUUCAUCUCGAUUCGACCAUGGUAGUAUCACAGUGGAAUCGGAAUCGAUUCAAGAGUUCAUGACAAUGAAUUAGGUUCAAAGUGCGGUAGGUUGGGUACGGUCGGCCGUCUUCGUCAGAUUCGAGAUUAGGUUUGAUAUUUGGAUUCCUGUGCAUUCGGUUGAAUCAGUUCGGUGGUCUUCGUCCGAUUCGAAGUCAAACCGGUGUUUUGUUCUCUCUCGCCCUAUCAAUGAACGGCCCUAACAUGUGGCUUGCAUUUUUUUUAUGUGAGGUUUGACUUUAUAAGGCUGGAUUUCAGGAUCCAGUCGUCGCCUCAGUCAGUCUUAAACCCGGGGACGCCGGCUUGGUGAGCUCGCUCUGGAUGGUCAUCUUCCUCCUGCAUCUCCUCGCCGUCCUCGCCCUCAUCAUCUUCCUCGCCGUGCGAGGGCAGGUCAACAAGCGCAGCGACUUCCGCCCUGCCUUCUGGUACCUCCCCAUACUCGCCGCCACCGGGUGCUCCGCCAUCGCGGCGGCGGUGUGGCUCCUCGUGGUCCUCCGCUGGCCCUCCAGAGCCGUCAAGGCCGCCUUCUGGUUCGCCCCCCUGCUAACCCUCGCCCUCGGCAUCCUCCUCAUCUAUGCCGAGACCGCCGUGAGCCUCGCUUUCGGCGUGAUCGGUCUCGUCCUCAGCUUGGGCCUCUCCCUCUACGCCUGCUGGGUCAGGCCCCGCCUGCCCCACGCCAACGAGAUCAUGGCUUCCUCCCUCCCCGGCACGCACGGCGUCGCCGGCAGGAUGGCGGCUUUCGUCGCCAUCGCUCUCGCCGUCGGCUUCAUCUGGUCCAGCAUAUGGAGCCUCGGCGCCGGCGGCGUCGCCGCCGCCCGGCCCCGUUUCUCGGUGGUGUACAUCGUGCUGCUGCUGUUCAACCUCACCUGGACAAUGGAGGUCAUCAGGAACAUCCUCACCGUCACCAUCGCCGGGUUCGCGUACAUGCGGCUGGGGCGCGGCGUGAACAUCGACCCGGGGGAGGCGUGGCGGAACGCGUGGACGACGUCGCUGGGGAACGUGUGCUUGGGGUCGGCCAUCGUGCCGCCCAUCGUGGCGCUGCGCGGCGCGGCGCGCUCCGUUAGCCUGGUCUCGGGGGACGCCGAUGAGUUCCUCUUCUCGUGCACCGCGUGCUUCAUGGGCGCCGCCGACCGGCUGAUCGAGCUCGGCAACCGGUGGGGUUUCGUGCACGUCGGGGUGUACGCCAAGGGUUUCGUGGCGGCCUCUGAGGACACCUGGAAACUGUUCCUGUUGCACCGGAUGGAGCCGGUGAUCGACCUCGACGUGACCAGCUCCUUCUGCUUCCUCUCGGGCGUCGCCGGGGGCUCCCUCUCCGCACUGCUCGGGGGCAUCUGGGCCGCCGCCGCCGCCAAAGAAAAGGCCUACGCCGCUGACGUCACCCUAUACUCCUUCGUCAUCGGCUACUUCAUGGUGAGCCACCGAAAGUUAGAAAAACACUCGGUGUUAUCUAUCUUCCUUCCAUUAUUCCCCUCGCGCUGACCGACGCUUAUGCUGUUAACUUCUCAGAAUCGGAUCACCAUGUCGUGGCCGCAGGCGUGUGUAUCGGCCUUACACGUGGCAUACGCGGAGAACCCGCGACUCCAGCAGCACCUGGUUGCGCCGAUAACCGAUCGAAUUCAAUCACUGGCUGGUUCCGCCGGACACGUGUAGCCGCACCAGUGGUCUAGACCUAGGAUAGCCUGCCACGGAACAGACCCGGGUUCGAUUCCCUGGUCAACUCCAUUGACCCCUCUCUCCACGAUUGCGGGCCCUUUUUCCAGGGGUUUCAAAACAUUUUCUGCACCCCAUCACACGAAGUAAAUCAGACACCAUUCCAAGAAGAGAGGAAGAGAGAUGAUUUUUGACGCGCACCACAAAAAGAGCAUUUUCUCUGGGGGCACAUUUAUCAUAAUCUCUCUUUGCACCAGCCGGGAAUCGAACCCGGGUCUGUACCGUGGCAGGGUACUAUUCUACCACUAGACCACUGGUGCGGAUAUUUAACAGCAUAAUGAUGCAUAUUUUCACCUUUGUAAUCCUAUGCAUAGUCAGUACUAUAGCCCCAAUCAUGGCUACUAAUAAAAUCAGACUAGGAACCAAAAACCGGACGGAAUAGUAGGUAUAAAGUAAAUUGCCCAAUGUUUCCAAAUUAGUCUAACUUCGUACCUUUCCGGCAUAAACUGUAUAUCUCAGAGAGGUCGUAUUUCUGUGGGUUGGUAGUAAUGGAAUGGUUUCAUUAUCUAAAAUGAAGAACAUUUCCCACCAAAGGAUCAGUCCAAUAAUACCACUUACUGGUAAUAUUGUUCUUCCUUAUUUAUUUAUUUCCCUGCUAUCCACUAAAAAAAUAUAAUUAUAUAGAUAUAUAUUAUUUUCUGAAUGAGGCAAGAUUUAUAAGAAAUUCCCAGCUCAACUGGGCAUUCCAUUAUUUCCCCGCGCUUGAAUAUGAAAAAAAUAUAUAAUUACGAUUUAUUUAUCUCAGUGCAGCAACAUUUUGAAAUUCCGAGCUGAACUGGGCCUACCAAAUGAAGAACACCAAAAUGAUAGGGUAAGCUGAUUCGCUUGGAUCUAUACCGAAUGAAGAACCUCAAGCCGCCUCAAGGCACCGAGAACUCGCAAGUUCCCACACCUUGA